AUGGCUACUAGUGGUAGCAGCCGAUUAUUAGAAAGUGGCGGCGCUGGUGGACGGGAAGGGGGAAUAUGGACAGCCCAGCCGUCCGCCUAUUCCCUUUCCCCUUUCCAUCCCCUCCUCCACUGCAGCUGCCCUGCUGCCCCCUCCUCGGCGAGGCGCCUCACGAGCGCCGCGAGGUCAGCGCGGGAGCCGCGCCCGCACGAGCGCCGCGAGGGAGGUGGCCAAUACGGCGAGGCGCCGCGCCCGCACGAGCGCCGUGAGAUCAAAGUGCAGCAGCGGCCAAUACGGCGAGGCGCAGCGACUGCACGGGCUCCGCGAGGUCCAGGGGCGGAAGCAGCCAAUACGGCGAGCGGUGCCUGUCAGGCACCAUACGGCCUCCGCGGCGUGCUCGACCUAGCUCCUACGCCUCCUACCCGGGCUGGACCUCCCCCCGUGCGUCGUCCCCACCCGCAUCACCAAGCUCCCCAACGGUGUCCGCGAGUCGGCGUCGCCUCCGAGGAUUUCCAGGGAGCAGCACAGGGAUGGCGAUUUUGGCAGCUCUGCUCUGAUGAUGCCGUCGGAGCACAGCUUGCUCGUUUUCAGCAUGAGGAAGAAGAUGAUUUGAUAGGGAGCAGCACAUCUUGCUUGUUUUGUUUCUCUGUAGCAAGUUAUUCUAUAAAUACUGAACACUAUGCAAGGAAAUCAGCAGCUGCCAUUGUUCAAGAAUCAAAUUAUUGUAUGAAUUCUGAACAUUUGCAAAGAAACUGUUGCUCCUUUGGAUCGAUGCCGGAGGCGGGACUGACUGACUCACCGCUGUUUCUUCAUCCGCAACAAGUUCAGAUUAACACCGAGGCUCCCUGCCGUUCACAGCGUCUUGCCAAGUACAAUACUACAACCAGCUUCUGAGGAUCGAGGAGGAGCUGGGCGACGCUGCGGUGUAUGCUGGCCUCAAGUUCGCCUGACUUCCAUCAAAGUGUAAUCAUGUUGUACAUAGUACACUGUUCUCCAUCGGCGUCGACUCCCAAGCAGCUGGCAUGACGAGCACUGCACAAGGUCCCUGCUGCCUGCUGACUGUCAAUGGCUCCCUUCCCUGCUGCAGGUCGUAGUUGAAAUAGACCCACAAGACAGAACUCAGCUCCGGAUUAGUCCUUCCGAAGCUGAGUUAUUUUACAUCAGUUUACCCCCUUUUAGCAGUUGCCAUUAUUUUCGGUACUCCUUUCGAGCAUUGUUCAAAGAAAUCGGCAGCAGCCAUUAUUUUACAUCAGUUUACCCCCUUUUAGCAGCUACCAUUAUUUUCUGGUACUCCUUUCGAGCAUUGUUCAAAGAAAUCAGCAGCUGUCAUUAUUUUUACAUCAGUUUACCACCUCUUACUAGCAAGGAACAACUCAUUUCUCUCGCUACUCCUAAUUUUUUCUUGUGCUUUUCUGUAGGAGGAGAAAUUCAUUCUCAGAUCACAAGAACCACAGAACAGCAAGGGUGAUAUUCAGGUUGACAUAUUUCCAUAGACAAUCUAACCUGUACAGGGAUGAGUAAGAGAUGAAAAACUUCAAUUGAAAGCACCGCAAAGGUAUCUAAGCAAUGGUAACAUGAUUUGAAGAACA